UUCUCAGUAUCCAAUCACUUUUUUUUUCUUCUGAAAACGCGUCUCUCCAAUUUUCCCCCUUCUGUUUCUCGUCAUCCGAUCAAGGAAAAAUCGUCACUUGGGGGUUUUUGGAUCAGAUUGCAGUCGAUCUUUCUUUUUCCUUUUGAAUUUCUGUUAAAUACUUGCAGUGGAUGAACUGUUUCUUCGGAUCAUUAUUUUAUUUGGGUAAUCAGAGAUUUUCGUUUUCGUUCACCUCCUCCAGAAAAUCAAUUGGUGCCUUCUCUGAUCAAACACGAAGCUCAGAGAUCAUUCCCUAGCACCGGGGGCUCAUGCUUACGAGAUUUAUUCUGAGAUCCAGAUUUUAGAACGAAAUUGAGAUCGAGAGUUGGGGUUUACGAAUUCUCUCAGGUUGACGUUUGUAUUUGACACGAUUUAGGAUCUGUCCCAGAUGCAUUUAAACAAAGGAUCUAUAUUUUCCUAUUUUGGUCUGCUUCAGAUACGUUAGUGUCUCUUAGAUUUGGGAUUGUUGUGGUCUGUCAAUGGAAAUUGCUCAUAAAGAGGUCAAGGAAGCCAAUGGAUGUGAAAAUAAGCCUCUUUCCGGUUCAGAUAUCGGUGAAACGGAAGAUCGAUUCAGUGGAGACGAUGAAAGUGAGUCACAGUGUUUGCUGCCUCCAAGGAAAGGAGGGAUGUCGAGGAACACCGAGAAGAUAAGGAGGAAUGUGCAAUGGAAUGACACCAACGGAAAUAAGCUUGCUGAAGUCUUAGAAUAUGAACCGAGUGAAGUAAGCGACUCAGAAGAAGAUGAUACGGAUACUUGCAUCUGUACAAUUAUGUAGUUUGCCACAAAUGACAUAUGAGAGCUUCCUUGUAUCCCGGCUUCUCUGUGUUAAACGAUCACUUCCGGGGUGACAUACAUGUCAAUGAUCGAAAAUGACAGCAACCUCUACUUUCAGAUAAUCACGGGCAAAGAGUGUCAGAGUUUGUGCUCAAGAUUUUGUGACAAGGAAGAUGUCUCACACGGAGUACGUAACCUUUUGCAUUUGACAGGACAUAGAGUUUUAUGUUUCAUAGAAGCAGCAAUUUGACAGAUUCUGGACCGUUCCAGGGACGGAGCAAGUGAGUAUAGGCUACAGCACUCUUGUUCUACAGAGGCCAAGGUUUUGUGAUUGCAGAUUGAACCCUCAAAAUUUCUGGUGUGCUUUUACAGGUUUUGAUAGUAAAGUUAUAUCUCUCUGCCUCAUCUGACUUGUUAAAGAGUAAGUGUUUACAGCAAGUUUAGCCUCUAUCUGUCUUCUUCUUGCACUGAUUCUUAUGCUCAAACCAGUGGGAAUCACACUAGAAAAUCAGUUACAUAAUGAUUGGAUUUAUUGUC